AUGAUAUGUGUAAUGAAAAAAAAACGUUUAACAUUCUCAUGGUUAUCCAAUCAUUAUUUAUUGUAUUUAUAUUCUGAAAUUGAGGAAUUUACAAAUAUCGUAUACGAUUUUACACUAUGUCAUAUUGAACAACCACUUGAGAAUAUCUUCGGUUAUCUAUGUUAUUGUAUAAACUUUCGUCGUUAUUGCAUUUGUUCACCAUCAAUCUUAACCUGUUCUAAAAUCGCUUGUUAUUCCUAUUUUAUUGCAUUCCUUAUUUACUAUUUAUUAUUACCAUUUGCUUAUAUUUAUUUUGUCAAUAUUCAACAUAAAUAUUUUAUUGAUCCAUUAUUAUCGGCUAAUGGUCAGUGUGUUGAUAUUAAAUUUGUGCGAACUUCUAUUGAAUUAAAUGAAGAUCAAAAACAAUUGACAAAAAAUUUUCUAAGAUAUGUUAAAGUAGCAAUUUCAAAUAAAACUUUUGCCUAUGCUUAUAGUGAGAACAAUUAUACCAGUUUACAUCGUUUAUUCGAUUUUUUAGUGAUUAAUAAUUACAGAUACAUAAUAUGUGGAAAAAAUCUUUAUUUUUAUACGCUAUUUGAUUCCUAUUCAUCAUUAUUUCGUGAUAAAAAUAAUCGAACAUAUUAUAUAUUUGAUUUAAAAUCAGCAUAUUUUGUUUAUGAUCGACCACCAUUUAUUGAUAUCUGUAUUUAUCUAGAAAAUCGUUCACAAAUAGCGGAAUUAAUUAAAGUACUCAAACAAAAAUUUUCUCAUACAAUUAAUUAUUAUUCGUCCAUAAAUUUAAUUGAUAUCGAUCUUUCAUAUACAAAAGUAUCUUUAAAGUUAUAUUUGAAAGAUUUAAAUUCAACACAUUUAGAACAUGUUGCAACUCAUAAUGGUUGGCUAAUUGAUAUGUAUAAACAAUUUUCAUUUUUCACGUAUGAUUACAUGAUUUCAGCACAAUUAUUUGAAACGAAUAAAUAUAUCGAAUAUUUUGAUUACAAACAAAUACCCGUACCAACAGAACCAUUAUUAGCUUUAACAGAGAUGAUACAACAAAAUGUUAUUAUUAAAUCAAUGUGUACUAUAUGA